GACGGACGGGCAGGGAGACGGAAGGCGAGAGAGACUCCGUCCCUCACACACACGGGCUCCUCCAUCCUCACGGGCAGGCGGCGGCAGCUGCUGCUGCUUGGCCGCGCGGAGCCUUCCGUAGCUGUCGACGGACGCCUCGCAGGCGGGACCCCCACAGCCCGGAUAUGGCUCGUGGACAACAGAAGAUCCAGUCACAGCAGAAGAAUGCCAAAAAGCAAGCUGGGGCGAAGAAGAAACAAGGCCAUGAUCAGAAGGCUGCAGCUAAAGCUGCUCUAAUAUACACCUGCACCGUCUGUAGGACACAGAUGCCAGAUCCCAAGACCUUCAAACAGCACUUUGAGAGCAAGCAUCCGAAGACUCCGCUCCCUCCAGAACUGGCAGAUGUUCAGGCGUAAAAGCUCACAGGUGAAUUCAUGGAACCUAUUGACUCUUCUACUGUCAGACAUUGCGUAACAAACCUGCAGCUGCUUUUCUAACAAACUGUUGAUCAGCAAAAAUGAAGGGGCUAUAGAAACAUUCAUAUUUUUAUGCUGUUCCUCUUGGGCGUCAUGUAAAGAUGAAUCUAUGUAACUGUACAGUUGUGCCCUACUUGGAAAUCUGAAAAUUGGUUCAUUCUUAAAUUUUUUACAGUUGUAAUUAUAUUGAUGUUCAUAUUGUGUAAAAUAACUCAUUUAAUAAAAUAGUACUUUGAUUUUACAAUAUUGCAGGUAAAAUACUUGUAGAAGUUCUGUUUUCAAUACCUGUUUUAUUUGCCUUAUGAAAUCCUAACAAGUGGACUUCUCCCACAGCCAAAAACUAAAUGGUGUCAUUUGCUCUUUAAUACUUAUUACUGUUGAGUCCACAUUAACUAGAAAAUUCUUUCUCCAUUCGGUAUGCUACUUGCUUUGAGCCUGGUUAUUUUCUAAAAGACUUAAUGUCCUUGACCGAAGUUGUGUUUUCUUUCGACUCUGUUUAGUUUGGAGUGCCUGCUCUAAUAACCCUUAUGAAAUUUCAUUCUUGUAUAUAAAGGAGCUUUUACCUUAAAUUUAUGCACUGGAGACAAGUGCAGUACCAGUGAAUCCUCAUGCUAGGUGGCAGGCUGGUGGAAGUAUAGUAGAACUGAACUUUUGUUUUGGUGUGAUCUGAAUGAUCAUAUUUGCUAUAGCAAGUUAAAAUAAUUUAUCUCUGUUGUGAAGUUCCACUGUGGCAACUCUUAAAUGCACCUAUGAGAAGUCAGACACACUGGCCACAUUAGUGUGUAAAAAAAUGACUACUGUAAUGGUUUCCUUGUUUGAAAGCAAAUGUUAAAUAAAUCUGUUUCAAAGAACAGGAUGACACACAUAAUGGAGAUAAUUAAUGAAAUGGAAAUAAUAACUAGCUGAGCUUUGUUCAGUUGGAACCGGUGAAUGGUAGCAGGAUAGGUGUUACUUUUUUCCUAUCUUGCAGCAUUGGUUUAUGUCUGGACUACCCAAAUUUCAUUUUGAACUAUACUCUAAUGUCAGAUGCAGAGUGCCUAUGUUUUGGAGCUCUGUCUUACUUGCUUUUUACUGGAAAGAACUGCAAAUCCAUUUUAUGUUGGUAGCAGAUGACUGACAUGGGCAUUAUUGCUUUCCCAUUGAUUGAAUAUUUGGAAGGAAAUAUUGACCAACUUCUCUUUGCUUUGUGCCUGGGUUGUUUAAUCUUUUGAACAGUUAAUUCUUUACUUAAGCAUGCCCAUGCAGGUUGCACAUUUGAUACGGAAAGGUAAAUAGCAGUUUGUGCAUUUGUUAACCCGUCUGAUCUAUGCCAUUUAAGUUCAUCUGCCUUUACUAUAGUGAAUCUUCACAGUUUUGUAGCUGUCAUUGCAUUGUACCCCUGACAUUAGAAUGUAGCCUUUUGGUUCAUUUUGUUUCCUCACUUGAUAAUUACAGCCUGUUCAUCAUAUGAUAGUUAGGUCCCAGUAGGCAAGAAAUCUGCCUUCCAAACUGCUGUGGUAUGCUUAAAUGUUGAAACUGAGUGAUUUUUAAACUGAAGGACACUUGUUCACUAAUUUUUACUUUUAGUAGUCUGUUUUUGGGGGGAAU